GUCCUUUACCCUGGACGGCAGCUCGCGGCAAAGGCCGUCGACGUCACAGGCGCUAUUGAUUUGCGCUGCGCAGGCCUGCAGCGGGGCGCGGUACGCCUCCAGGGUCUCCUCCCAGCACCGCUGCGGGAGCGUGUUCGUGAGCUUGUCCCGCAUCCACGACACAGCGGUCUCGUGGAGCAUGACCUCCUGGAGCUGGCCGGGCUGCACAGAAGCGUCCGCGGGGAAAAAUGCCUUCAGGUCGUGGCGCUUCAACGCCCCGCGGUACUCCUCGGCGAUUGCCCCUGAGCCGGCGUUGUAGAAGCCGUUCCCACGGUCCGCGACGAGCACGCGAGGCUGCCAGCCGACCCCAGGAAAACGCACAGUCAGAGCAGCCCGCACGUGCCUCGGCAGAUGUCUAUUGGACAAAAG